GUACUUGUCCAGAUCAAUGUUGGCCUCCUGUGCCUGAGCCAACAACACCUUAGCCUGAGCCUUCUACACCUACUAGUGUUGUUCCAGGCCCAAAGACUGUAAUUCCAACGCCAACUUCAAAUUCAUCAAUACCUAUUCCUAAAGCUUGGAGGUCAUGUAAUGGAGCCGGAAGCAAGUAAAACUAAAUCAGAAGCCCUCCUUAGAAAUCCCGGCGGGCCAUUGGAAGAACCGUCCUUGGAAAUAUGAUUUUUUAAUUUGUACUCUUGCAUCAUGUUGGCACCAGGUUCCUAGUUAAUCCAAGUGAUUGUUCCGGCACAUUACGCUUGAAGAUGAGAAACCGCACCAGAGCGCAACGAUGUAACAGAUGAACGACUGUUAGCAAGGUACUCACGCUUGACAGUUUUGCGCCAAAAUAUUUUUGUUUUUCAAAGGAACGAAAUAUUUCAACAUGAUCGUGCUACUUGCCUGUACUUACAAAAUUUAGAAUUUCCCCUCACACAAGCCCACUACCGCUUUUUCUCGAAAUGUAUACAAUGACCUUUUUAUCACGUUGGCAAAUUAAAAGUUUCAGAUUACAUACAUGAAAAUUGUUUGGUGAUCAAAGCAUAUUCAUUUUUUUUCCUUUCAAUUUAAGAUCUAAUCUGGCAAAAAAUUGUAGAUUGUCCUAGUCGAACUACAUAAGACAACUCUAAUUUCGAUUUCGUAUGUUAGGGGCGAAAUGGAUCAACUUAGCGAGCUAACUAAAAUUGCCCUCUAUCGGAGCGGUGUCAAUUAUUGUUCUCGGAAAUACGGAAAGACAAUCUUUGUACCGUGACACUCUUCAUUUGGAGAAACGAGUAACAUAUCAACUUAUGCUCAACCUGAAAGAAAGCUUUAUAUAUCAAAUCGGACAGCACCUCAUGCAUCGAAAGUUAAACGGAGGUAAGAAUGGCUUCAUUCUAAUUUUCAAGUUCUCCUAUCAUUCAUGAUCACGAUUUUUGAAAAUACGUGUUUGUACCUGCGUUAAUGGGACCAUUCACCUCUCAUUUCAUUGAGUGGCGAAGAGGCGAAGUAUGUAAAGAUGCAUAAAUACAAUAGGGGCGUAGAUACUUGUGAUAUUACUUUUGGUUUCACAGCGUGAAAAUAUCUGUCGUAGAGUACUGAAGGCAAGGGCCACUGAGAUGCAAGAAUUUUGAUUCAUUUUGAUCUUAAAGAAUCCCGGAAGGCUUUUGUGCUGGAGGCGAUCGAUUUCAGAGCUCGGAGACGAAUAAUGCAAAGUUUUGACGGUGAUUGCAGCCACGGCAUCGCUGAACCGUUAAAAUGGAUACUUGCUCCAUUGCCUCCUAAACGACAUCAGUGGAGUUUACUAAGAGCGAAUUGACGUAUGCGGAUGCUAUCAGAAAUAAGACAGUAUGCUGCAUCUUCUCUGCACUUCAAUUCGUUCAUCCGAUUGUUUUGCCCUUUUCAUUUGCCUGUUCAGAAAGUACUCAGGACAAAAUGACCUUUUCUUCCUUGGUAUCUACAUCAGUGAUACUGUAUGUUAUCAUUUCAUAUAUGUCCGGAAUAUGUUUUGCGUAUCGCUGGAAGGCUUCACCAGACAACUGUACAUGUAUCCGCACUGGCCUUUCAACUUACAGCUUGUUUUCUCUUCGAGGACAAAGAAUUUAUGGGUCAGGAUCUCGCCAACACCCAAGUUACACCUACACCUUCAUGCCUUGUGUGCCCGACAAUUUGCAUUCCCGUGUGGGAAAUUGCACAAACGUGGCACUGUGUAGAUACGACACGAAUCGAGUUCCACCUGUGUUCAUAGACUUGGGUGAACAAGGACAUGUUAUUUGCGAAGAAACGAAUGAAUACAAAUUUGCAUUAAUGUAUCCUUUAAAGAAGGGCUCUCACUCAAUAAGUCACUCCAAGGUUGUUGUCGAAUGCGAUAAUGAUCCUCACGCAAAACCUGUGUUAAAUCUCAUAAGCGAGGACAAUUUGAUAUUCAGCUUGAAGACCUUUUGUGGUUGUCCAGAUCAACGUUUAUCACCUGAGACUAAUAAAACAGCAACAUUCGAUGAUAUUGUUGCGCCGACUCGGUUAACCUCAACUUCAACCAAGGCGAGACCAAAAUCCACACCUGGAGGAUCUUCAUUGAGUUUAGUUACCCUGGCCCUCCACAUAUUGGUACCAUGUCUUGGAACAUUUUUCCUCAUCUUGAUCUUUUUAUGCUUGUGGUGGCAUCAUGUUACUAUCAAGAAUGCUCUGAUGCGCCUCAUAUGCUGCCAAUGUUGUGAUGGCUAUGAUGCCUUAGAACGAGAGGGACGAAUUGAACGUGUAACAGAAAGCAGUCGUCUUCUCAGGAACCAGCAGAGCUACAGUGCUGUUGGAGAAGAAGAUUCCGUAGCAAAGCGCCCAGAAGAGGGAGUCGCUAAGCAGCACUUUGAAUUGAUUCGAAAGGACAACAAAGCCGCUGUCGUAUAAUUAAAAUCAAAUUUAAGGUAAAGCACCUUCUAAGACUCGGUUAAAACCAGUUUUUGCCAUUUCGAAGUAUAUUUGCACUGAUCCUAGAAAAUUUAAAAAGCGUAUCACGAUUUCUUGUUAGUUUCUAUACUCACCAAUUUGCGGUAUGUUUUAAUUGUAAGAGCCCAAUGAUAGUUAUUGACUCAAUUUCAUCACCAUUUUAAAAAGGAUACAAAUGUUUACAGAUAUCCACUCUGAGACAAUUAUUUUGUACCCUUUAAGUUUUCGAAAGGAGAUAGCUUAAUUUUUGCUCUGGAAAAGGUCGCAAUUUCAUAACUUGCAAAAUAAUUACAAAAUAAAAAAAAUAGAUUUCUUGAA